AUUAAACCGGAUGUGUACGCCUUGUGCUUCCGCCGCUCUGUAAGCCCAUUCAGCGAAGAUGGCGAGCGGAGGGGUCUCUGUGGCCUCGUUGUGGACUGAAGUGAACCGCUGUGGACAGAAUGGCGACUACACAAGAGCCUUGAAAGCUCUAACUAAAAUUUUGCACGAAAACAGGGAUGAUGUGACGGCUCUUCAGUGUAAAAUCGUUUGCCUUAUUCAGAAUGGCAGCUUCAAAGAAGCGCUGAAUGUCAUGAACACCCAUUCAAAAGUGCUCGGCAGUGAGGUUGUGUUUGAGAAGGCGUACUGCGAGUACCGGCUGAACAGAGUGGAAAGUUCCCUGAAGACCAUUGAAAGUGCUCCCGAACAGACAGACAAACUGAAGGAGCUCUAUGGUCAAGUGUUGUACAGACUGGAGCGCUACAGUGACUGCAGGUCCGUCUACACAGAUCUGAUCAGGAACUCUCAGGAUGAGUAUGAGGAGGAGAGGAAGACCAACCUGGCUGCUGUGAUGGCUUCUAUGAGUCAGUGGGAAAACGCUCCGUUGGAAGAUCUGGGUCUUCCUGAGACUACAUAUGAAUUGUGUUACAAUACUGCCUGCGCUCUGAUUGGCCAAGGACAGCUUACAGAGGCCCUCAACAAACUACAACAAGCAGAGGAGCUUUGCAGGGUCUCAUUGGCAGAUGAUUCCGAUGUGACUGAGGAGGACAUCGAAUCAGAGCUGGCUGUCAUCCAUUCUCAAAUGGCUUACGUCAUGCAGUUACAAGGUCGGACAGAUGAGGCGCUGCAGCUCUACAACCAGGUCAUCAAGCUCAAGCCGUCGGAUGUGGGUCUGCUUGCUGUGACUGCCAACAAUAUCAUCACAAUAAACAAGGACCAAAACGUGUUUGACUCCAAGAAAAAGGUGAAACUGACGAAUGCUGAAGGUGUUGAAUACAAGCUGGCAAAGAAGCAGCUGCACGCCAUUGACCUGAACAAAGCCCUCCUGGCCAUGUACACUAACCAGGCUGACCAGUGCAGGAAACUGUCAUCCAGCCUUCAGUCUCAGAACCCGGGUCACCCGCGGCCGGUCCUGAUCCAGGUUGCUCAGCUGUGCAGGGAGAAGCAGCACAGCAGGGCCAUAGAGCUGCUCCAGCAAUUCUCAGACCAACAUCCAGAGAGCGCAUCUGGCAUCAAACUGACAAUGGCACAACUCUAUUUAGUACAAGGUCACGUAACAAAAGCUUGUGAUGUUCUAAGGUCCAUUGAAGAGUUCAAGCACAAAGCAGGAAUGGUUUCAGCUCUGGUGACGAUGUACUCCCAUGAAGAAGACAUUGACAGCGCUAUUGACGUUUUCAAACAAGCUAUUGAGCACUACCAGUCUGAACAGCCUGGAUCUGCUGCACACUUGGCACUUGUACGAGAAGCUGCCAAUUACAAACUGAAGUACGGGCGGAAAAAAGAAGCCAUUAGUGAUCUGGAACAGCUGUGGAAGCAAAACACCAACGACAUUCACACCCUGGCACAGCUUAUCUCGGCGUAUUCUCUGGUGGACACGGAUAAAGCCAAAUCCCUCAGCAAACACCUUCCAUCUGCAGACACAAUGGCCUUCAACGUGGACGUGGACGAGCUGGAGAACUCCCACGGAGCAACGUACGUCAGGAAAAAAGCCGCCAAGGUCACAGGAGAAAACCUUCCCAAAGAACAAGGCCAAGAUGAGCUCAAAAAGAAGAGGAAGAAAAAGAAAGGCAAACUGCCCAAAAACUGCGACCCCAAAGCGACCCCUGACCCAGAGAGGUGGCUGCCCAUGAGGGAGCGCUCCUACUACAGAGGCAAGAAGAAGGGCAAGAAGAAGGAGCAAAUAGGAAAAGGCACACAGGGAGCAACGGCAGGAGCUUCAGCCGAGCUGGAUGCCAGCAAAACAGCCAGUAGCCCCCCUACCUCCCCCAGACCAGGUUCUGCAUCUGGAUCAUCUGCAGCCACCGGCAGCAAUGUGGUCCCACCUCGACAGCAGAAACCCGCAGCCUCAGGCGCCACACGCAAGAAGGCACCACAGAAGAAGAAGAAGGGUGGCAAAGGUGGCUGGUAGUCCGAGGGUAGCAGCACACGAUGCAGGGGGGCCAUACAAUACACUGAUGUGUGUGUGGCUAAGACGUCACCAAGAAAUCAGAAGCUUUUCUCUGGUUUUUUAAUGUUUCAUUUAAACAUGUGAAACCAAAAGUUUUCCUUUCGCUCUUCUGUGACAUUUUGGUGGGUUUUUUUUUUUUUCUAAAAGUACAGAAGAGAGAAUAAUUAAAGGGCAGCUCCACUGAAAUUAACUUUCUGUUGCUCUGCAAAAGCAGAUGAUUUCUGUUUUUACUUUGUUUUGCCUUGUGACCUUUUGAGAUCACAGUAACAUGCAUACAUCAUAGAUUUUUUUUUGGGGGGGGGGUGGUUUCUGCCAAUUUCUCUUCAGUUACAUCCUUAAAAUUGUCUAACAGGACAUCUGAGCCAUUUCCAUUUAGUCAGUGAUUGUGUGAGGAAAUAAUCUGCUUUUGCAAGGUGACUUGAAGUUGAUUUUUGUGAGGACUGUUCUUAAUGUCUCCUGAAUCUCGAGUAUUGGGGUGUUCUACUUCAUACUCUGACUUUGUUUUUGUGUAUCUUUAAAUUGUCCCUUUACUCUCAAUCAGCUGCAAAGAUGCCAUGUUAAAGAGUUAUUUUUCAAUCCUUGCGUUGGUCAAAAUUCAAGCAAACAAAUUUUAAUUUUAUCAGAUGCAUGUUUCAGAAAAUAAAGAAAGACCAAACAGGUGUCCCAUUUUGUUAAGUCUUAAUAAAACUCUUCACAAUGUC